AAGAUGGGCUUAUUUGUAAUGGUAGUUGGAGCAUCAGGAAUUGGCGACGGUGGUGAUAAGAAAUACAACUACAAGGUGGUAGCUUGGACAAACGAAGAUGAUCCACGCCAAACAAAGAUUGUGUCAACAAACGCUGAUCCUGAGUUCCGUGAGGUUUUGCAUCUUCCUCAAAACAAGGCUGCAUCGUUUCUCGAUUUGGACUUGUUCAGUGUAAAUGCAGCUGACACUGACGCAUUUUUUUGUGGGAGGGCAAAUACACCAUUGCCCAUGAAAACAAAUGCUAAUGUGUACCGUAAGGUCAAACUUGAGAACUUGGACACCAGUGGAAAUAUCGUAACUGUUGGUUAUCUUGAAGUUUAUCUUGGCCUCGAGACUGGUAUAGCACCUUAGGGCUAUUUGACGACCAAUCUAAUGAUAUAGCUUCUACUCAAAUCGAAAACUUUUUAACGCAAGAGUCUCAUGUAGCAAAAUGUAUAACAUUUUUUUAGGGGUCAACUUACAAAGUCACAUUACAAUAAUAAUACAUCGUUAAGUUCUUA